AUGCUGGAGCCUGCAGACCUGUUUGCACAGGAAAAACUUUGCCGGCAGUCCCUUCACCAGAGAGCCUCUCCCCGAAAGCUGCAGGCGCACUUUGUGACUCUGAUCCUGUGUGAAGUUCCCAGGAAGGCUGCACGUUCAAACCAUACGCCGUGUAAAUAUUUAAAGACUUGGAUCUCUGCUUGUUUUCAUAAGAGAGAUAAUCGAAGAAGUUGCUCUCAAGUAUCCGUAGAAAUCUGCAUAGUCUCGCAUAUCACCAUCACUGCCAUAGGGAAAUCCUCUUUGAGUGGGUUUCAAAUGACUAAAAGGCAAUGCUCAGUCAAUGGCUGGCAGAGCAAGAGUCCUCUCCACUUGUUUUGA